CGUGCGGCGGCGGCGGCCGGCGCCCCUCCCCCGCGCGGCGCUCAGUGCCAGGCGGGAGGCGGCAGCGGUUGGAGGCUUCGCCGGCUUUGCAGCGGGGACAGCGGCGGCGCCUCCGGCACCCGGGCCCUGACACGAUGAGGCGAGUGGUGCGGCAGAGCAAGUUCCGGCACGUGUUCGGGCAGGCGGUGAAAAACGACCAGUGUUACGACGACAUCCGGGUUUCUCGCGUGACCUGGGACAGUUCCUUUUGCGCUGUCAACCCCAGAUUUGUUGCCAUAAUCAUAGAAGCGAGCGGGGGAGGCGCCUUCCUUGUGCUUCCAUUGCACAAGACCGGCCGGAUCGACAAAUCCUACCCGACAGUAUGCGGCCACACAGGACCCGUCCUCGACAUCGACUGGUGCCCACACAAUGACCAGGUCAUCGCCAGCGGCUCAGAAGACUGCACGGUCAUGGUCUGGCAGAUCCCCGAGAACGGGCUCACGCUCUCCCUGACGGAACCGGUGGUGGUCUUAGAAGGCCACUCCAAGAGGGUCGGCAUCGUGGCCUGGCACCCGACUGCCCGCAACGUGCUUCUCAGCGCAGGCUGCGACAACGCCAUCAUCAUCUGGAACGUGGGCACGGGGGAGGCCCUGAUCAACCUGGACGACAUGCACUCCGACAUGAUCUACAACGUCAGCUGGAACCGUAACGGCAGCCUCAUCUGCACGGCCUCCAAGGACAAGAAAGUCAGGCUGAUCGACCCCCGGAAGCAGGAGAUCGUGGCGGAGAAGGAGAAGGCGCACGAGGGCGCGAGGCCCAUGCGGGCCAUCUUCCUGGCCGACGGCAACGUCUUCACCACCGGGUUCAGCCGCAUGAGCGAGCGGCAGCUGGCUCUCUGGAACCCGAAAAACAUGCAGGAGCCGAUCGCCCUCCACGAAAUGGACACCAGCAACGGGGUGUUGCUGCCGUUCUACGACCCCGACACGAGCAUCAUCUACUUAUGUGGGAAGGGCGACAGCAGCAUCCGCUACUUCGAGAUCACGGAUGAGUCCCCCUACGUCCACUACCUCAACACGUUCAGCAGCAAGGAGCCGCAGCGGGGCAUGGGCUACAUGUCCAAGAGGGGGCUGGACGUGAACAAGUGCGAGAUUGCCAGAUUCUUCAAGCUCCAUGAGAGGAAGUGUGAGCCCAUCAUCAUGACUGUCCCCAGGAAGUCUGACCUCUUCCAAGACGACCUGUACCCCGACACCGCGGGGCCGGAAGCCGCGCUGGAGGCCGAGGAGUGGUUCGAGGGCAAGAACGCAGACCCCAUCCUCAUCUCCCUGAAGCACGGCUACAUCCCCGGCAAGAACAGGGACCUCAAGGUGGUGAAGAAGAACAUUCUGGACAGCAAGCCCUCGGCGAACAAGAAGUGCGACCUGAUCAGCGCCCCCAAGAAAGCCGCAGACACGAGCAGUGUGCAAAAUGAAGCCAAGCUGGAUGAGAUUUUGAAAGAGAUCAAAUCGAUAAAAGACACAAUCUGCAAUCAAGACGAGCGAAUCUCCAAGCUAGAGCAGCAGAUGGCCAAGAUCGCAGCGUGAAGUGCCGCCCACCCCCCACCCCCCCAAUGGGAGCAAGGACUCGUGCCCGGUAGCUGGCUGUCGGUGUGGGCCCCGGGAGGGCGAGAGGGUGGCCCCGCCGUCGGAGGGGACGGUCCACUCCCGGCCCGUCAGCCAGCCACAGGCCACAUUCCAGCGCGAACUCGAUUCGUCUCUCAAAUUUGCGGAAACAAAAUGUGAUUUAAAAAGCUGCGCUUUUUAUCAGAAAGCUUUUUUUUUUUUUUCCUCCUGAUGUUUUAAGUGUUAACGUGACUCUUGACAAAAGUGCGUUGAAAAUCCCAUCUAUUCUGAAUUCUAGAAAACCAACUCGUUCUGAUUCGGUGUCAUGCCCAAGUUUUUUUUUUAUUUUAACAAAUAGGGACCAAUGCCACAUUGCUUUUUAUAUUUCCUUUUUUUUUUCUCCCUCUUCGUGUUGCCAAAACCAAAAGUAGCUUUUAUUUUUUUCUUUGUCUUUUGCUACUUCGCAGUAUUCGUGUGUGGGUAUUUUUUUUUUCCCUCUCUCCUUCUCUCUUAAUUUUGAAAGGGACAACACUGUGUAUGUUUAUAAACUCAAUGCAGAUAAGAGAUUCUUUUGUACGAACACUCGUCCGAGAACGGCCUGAGCAGUGGCUGCCUGGGGCAGUGGUCAGCUGCAGAGGACAGGGACCCCCAAGGAUUCCUCGCCCUCCCCCCUCCCGUGUCACGGGGCCGGCUCUCUCCCCCCCACCCGGGAAGCCGGGUGGCCCUACCAGGACGGAGCUUGGCUUCUUGCUUAUUAGCCUGUGCCCCGGCCGGUCCCGGUCUGCCUUGAGCUCGUCUGAAUUUCCACCGUGUGUCCCCCCAGUCCCCCCCACCCGCCACACAGACUCCCGCACACUCGUCACUUGAAACAGCACAUUUCCGGGGUGGGUCGAUACUUGACAAUGGUGCCCGGGACAAGGGCUCUGUCUUGCCCCUUUCAGCAGCUUGCCUGGCUCUUGGGUACAAUGAGGGACGCAAAACCAGGGGGACUUGGAGGGGAGCCACCCUGCCCCUCUCCCCCUGCCCCUGCCUCCCUGCACUGCCCCGCGCCCAUCACCAGCAGCCCCCGCCAGCCCGCCCGCCCGCCCACCCGCCCUUUCUCCUGCCUCCCAGCCGUGAUGGGGGCUGCUGGGACGGAGGAGCAUUCCCAGGGGUACAGAGCUGGGCCUGGGCCCCGCCCACCCUACCCUGGGCCUUGUCCCCGGGGCCGUAGCAAAGCACAGACGCUCCCCCCCUCUCCCAGGCCUCCACCAGCUCCUGUUUUCUCCGUGUCCACGUUCUCGUCUUGCAUGCUUGACAGCCAAGAUGUUAAAGGUGUUGGUGUUUUGUCUUUUUUUUUUUUUCCUUUUUGGGUCACACCCGGCAAAUGCACAGGGGUUACUCCGGGGGACCCUAUGGGAUGCUGGGAAUCAAACCCGGGUCGGCUGCGUGCAAGGCAAACGCCCUCCCCGCUGUGCUUGUCGCUCCAGCCCCGGGUGUUUGUGUAUGGGAAGGGACGAGUGUCGGUGGCUGAACACAGAACGAAACAGUGCCAUCGGGGACCAGGCAGGGAACUCUUCACGUCGUCCAGGUGGGGGAGGGACCGGCCUGGACUGUCUGGCCGUGUCCAGGGGACCAGGAUGUAGUGGCACGGGGCAAGCUCGGGUCGGCGCGCGGCCGAGCUGGGGGAGGGGGCGUGGGUGGGACGUCCACACAGGAAAGGUACCAUGUUCUUGACCAGUACUGGGGUCACUGCCUCCCCCGUGUCAGGGCAUCUGAAUGUGUGAUGUGGUCUAGUGUGUGUGUACGUGUGUGUGUUUUAUAUUGAAGUGGAUAAUGCGAUGUAAAGAGAACAGUGAUUGCAGUGGCAGCCACGCCCGUACGUGUUCACCGACGUGGUCUAUUACGGACCUGCUUCGUUUCUAAGGUUCUGAUGACAAAUUCUUUUUUUUUUUUUUUUUCUUUUUAAGCGUUGGUGGUGAGACCCCGGAGGGACUUGGUUCAGAGAGGAGAGGGGCAGGGGUGGGGGCAAGGAAAAGAAAAGAAAUCGACCCCGAUCUAGCGCGUGUAGCCUCCGACUAAUUUCAUGACGGGAUGCCCGGCCAGGCCGAGUCCGGUGCCUGAAGCAUUGUGGAUCAUUUCUCUUGUUUUGUCUCUUCUUCCCGCCCCUCCUGAAAGCCGUGCUACCCCAGGAGAGCCAGUAAAUCACUCCUAGAUCGGCUCUUAUAGAGCGGCCAUAGUAUUCUGGCAAAAAAAACAAAGACACUUGCUUCCAUUUUCAAAGAUUAAAGAAAAGUCAUUGAUUACAAA